AUGCAGCACGUUCGGGACCAAGAGCCUCCAUGUCGACAUAUGGAUGUCCUUAAUACUAUUCAGCAACUCGAGAUUGUCAAGUGGCUUUUUGUCGAGGAGAUAAUAUACUACUCGGUGCACUGGGUCAUGAAAUCCGCUUUCCUGUUCUUCUACCUCCGGCUAUCGCCCGAAAGCACCGCCUUUCGGUACGCUGUCUACGCUGGCGUGGGGUUGAACACUAUUGUCUGGGCUUGCAAUAUGCUUCUUGCAUGCAUCCAGUGUCUACCCUUUGACGAGAUUCUGCACCCAGGCACGCACCCAAAUGCCUACUGCAUGAACAAACUCAUUGUCCUCCUCACACCAUGCUUAUUGAACAUUGCCCUAGACCUAUACAUCCUCAUCCUGCCCAUCUCCACAAUUUGGAACUGCCAAAUGUCUUUCCGUCGCAAGGUUGCUGUUCUCAGCGUCAUCGCCUUCGGCAGCAUCUCCGUCAUCAUCGCAAUCUUCCGCUUGAUCCCUUUGCUCCAACUUGGUGCUCAGUCCGCUGAGCCCAUUGACACCUCCUGGAUCCUCGGCAAGAUGAUCAUCAUCGCCUCACUCGAAGUGCAAUUCGCCAUCGUCGCCGUCAACCUCCCCUCACUCAAGAAACUCUGCACGAGCUUCACAGACGACGAGAGCCUAGUAGAAGCACCGCAAGAUUGGAAGUGGAAAGCGAGAAGAUUAUCUUCACACUGCAGCGACGACUCCGACGAUGACGAUUUCUACGCUUCUGGAGGAAACGGACGCGGUCAUUAUUGGCGGAAGAGCAAAGCCAGCACCCGCGAUAGCUACCGGGCAAGCAUCGCUCCCAGUCUGGCAUCCGACGAAGAAUCACUUGAAGCUGGCGUUGCUGUCGCGCUUCCGGUACUCUUCAAGCAUGAGCCACUCGAGACUACCAGACAGCAGAUCCGACUUAUAUCUAUCAUCCCCGAAUCUUCUGGCCAAAUCAAUUGCAAACUCGAGAACGCCUAUCUCGAAGAUGAUAAGACGCCAGACUAUCGGGCGAUCUCCUACGUGUGGGGUCCGCCUACACCGCUCGCACAUAUCAGCAUCAACGGCCAGUCGUUUGAAGUACGUCAGAAUCUCCACGCAUUUCUCGAGGCUUUUAGAGCGCGACUCUUCAAAUUCCGAAGUAACAGCUUCUACGAGGCCGACACACAGUGGUUGUGGAUUGACCAGAUUUGCAUCUAUCAAACGGUGAUCAGCGAACGAAAUCAUCAGGUACAAAUGAUGUCUGAGAUCUACAGUCGAGCCGCUUAUGUCUAUGUAUGGCUCGGGCCAUCUCAAGCUGACGUUGAGGCGGCAAUGACAUUGCUGAAGUCUGGCCUGAGACACUAUCACGAAGAAAGAACCUUUUCGUCACAAAAGAAGAAACGCAAGCGUUAUCGAGUUCUUGAAUUCGAUGAAGAAGGGGAUACUAGGAACAAAACUAGCUCUCAGCCGCCUUCCCUACCUAUCUCCGCGCUCAGACGCUUCUUCGAAAACACGUACUGGCAAAGACUCUGGAUUGUGCAAGAAAUCAUGCUGGCUCGAUAUGUUCGAAUCAUCUGCGGAGAGACUUUGCUUUCAUGGGAUGAGCUAAAGCGAUUUUGCCUAUCAAGCAUACCGCGACUAUCUGCUCAGGUUCAAGACUGUGUACCGAAACAGGUCAUCUGGCUUGCAAAACAUGCGCUUUCGGCAAAGAAAUACACGUACAGUGACCUGCUUGCAACCUUCAGUAAAAGUCAAUGCUACGAUACAAGGGAUAAAGUUUAUGGCUUGCAAGGUCUAAUUAAGCCGGUUGCACGACUGAAGAUAGACUACGCCAAGAGUGCCACGGCUGUAUUUCGAGAUGCAUUUCGAUCGAUGGACGAAGACGAAAGUGAUCUAGUGCGGCUCGGAGAUGGCCUCAAACGACUUCAGUAUGGAGACUCGGCAGAGAAAGUUCUUCAGCAAGCUUGCUUGAUCUUGGCAGCAGAAGCAGAAUCAAUUGUCCGACUACCAUUCAUCAUUGCGCUUGAGGAGCUUGGGGAUCAUAUGGGACUUUAUAAGCGACCAUCAUAUUCCGCGUGCAUAGGUCGGAAAGCUUUACAGCGGAUAGACUUCCUCUGGUCUCAGAUCACCGCACAUUACACAGAGAGAUUGUUGCCUGCUCUCUAUGAGGGAGACAAUAGCAAGUCUGGCAAUAGAGAGUAUCUUUUGCAGAUUGUCUCCGUUAAGCUGAUUGAAGAUUUGUGGACAGCUUAUGCAGACUUGGGAGGUCUCCAUGCUCGUUUUGUCUACUGGAAGUACGAUUGUGGUCUCCCAGCACAUGAGAACCCCAUGGCGAAGGAAGUACUGGUCGUCCUUCGUACAGGUGCAACCGAAAUAGUGGAAAAGCUACCGAUCCAUCUCAACACUACACUGCGCUGCAUACCAAAUUACCUCAUAUAUUCCGACUUGGAAGAAGACAUCGAGGGACAUCACGUCUAUGACGUUUUUGAUGAGAUAAGCCAGGAUCUGAAGGAUUCGGUGCCAGACUUCGACCUUUACCAUCAGCUCAAAAGGAAGGGUCGAGAUGGCCUCUCUUUGGACGGCAUCGCACACGAUGGGAGCGGCACUGCAGGGUCGUUAGGCAAUCCUGGGUGGAAACUCGACAAGUUUAAAUUCUUGCCUAUGAUGGAUAAAAGUCUCCGACAGAUGCCGCAAGCAAAGUGGUUCGUUUUCGUUGAACUCGAUACGUACCUGAUGUGGAGCAAUUUACUAGAAUAUUUGUCCAAAUUCGAUGCAGAGAUUCCGCAUUAUCUUAGCAAGCAGAUGUUUAUUGGCGAGAUACUCUUUGCUCAUGGUGGUUCAGGAUUUGCUUUGUCAGCGCCGGCAAUAAGGAAGGUAGUACAGUAUUGGAGAGCUCAUGAGAAAGAGUUGAAUCAGUACACCAUCGCACAAUGGGCUGGAGACAUGGUCCUCGGGAGAGCAUUGAAGGACGCUCAAGUACCACUGAUGUGGGCAUUUCCUCACUUCCAAGGUGAUCCAGUAUCAACGCUCGACCACAACACCACAAAUGUCAACAGGCAACCAUGGUGCUAUCCCGCGAUCACCUACCACCACAUGCCAGAAGACGAGAUCCGGUCGUUGUGGGAGUUCGAACAAGAGUGGCAUCGUAUGCGUCCAAAGGAUGCUCCUUUGAGGCAUGCCGAUGUCUUCAAAGCAUACAUACACUCCAAGCUGGGCAAGGAGAAUUUAGAAUGGGAUAAUUACUCCGUCGACCCGGAAUUCAAUAUCAAACCUACCUACGAAAGUUUCCACGUGUACAAAGAAGACAGCGCAGUCGCCUCUACACAUAGCGACAUCUCGCGCACAAUGAGCGAACCAAAUCCUGCCCCGCACAGCGAACGCGACCCCGCGGCCACGACCGACGCGAGCGAAACACGCGAUGAAGACAAAGACGACCACAAGCCACGAGACAGCAACGGCUGGGACGGGAAGCUGCGAAUAGACAAAAUGAGUAUCGGUGACGAACCAAGAGAUCCGCAUGCGCAGGUUGUGAGCGACCCAGAAGUAUCAGACGACGAGGGUCCGCCUCCGGAACAACUGGCUGCGGAUGAGGAUCUGCUCGACGAUACACCAGAAGAUGAGGAGGAUAUAGAAAUCGUACAUUCCAAAAUCUCGGACAUGUCGGCGUUGCGGUUAGAGAGGUUCAAGCAGAUGAAGCGUCUUUGCUUGCGCCAAAACCGCAUCGAAAGCAUCGCGAUACCGGAAGAUGUCGCAUCAACCCUCACAGAAGUUGAUCUCUACGACAACCUAAUAGCGCACAUCAAAGGUCUCGAUGCUUUCACCGAACUCACAUCGCUCGACCUCUCCUUCAAUAAGAUCAAGCACAUCAAACGGCUGAACCACAUGACGAAGCUCAAGGAUCUAUACUUUGUGCAGAAUAAGAUCAGCAAGAUAGAGAAUCUAGAAGGGUUAUCGAACCUGCGACAGAUCGAGCUUGGUGCAAACAGGGUACGGGAUAUCGAAGGGUUGGAGACGCUGACGGGGUUGGAAGAGCUGUGGCUGGGCAAGAACAAGAUUACUGAGAUUAAGGGCCUGGACUCCCUCACGAAUCUUAAGAUCCUCAGCAUACAGUCGAAUCGUCUGCGCUCAAUAACGGGUCUGGAGAAGCUCGUCAAUCUCGAAGAGCUGCACAUCUCGCACAACCUCCUCACCGAGCUAUCUGGGCUGGAGAACAACGUCAACCUCAGCGUGAUCGAUAUCAGUGCGAAUCCGAUCGAGCAUCUCACCGGAUUGAAGGGUCUCAAGCAUCUCACGGAGUUCUGGGCGAGCAACUGCAAGUUGAGCGACUUUAAUGAGAUUGAGAAGGAGUUGAGGGACAAGGAAGAGUUGGAGACGGUCUACUUUGAGGGCAAUCCUCUGCAACGCUCACAACCAGCGCUAUACAGGAACAAGGUCCGGUUGGCGCUACCGCAGGUUGUGCAGAUUGAUGCCACAUUCGUAAAACAAGUUUAG